AUGGAAUCCUUAUUUGAUCUAAUUCAGUCACUCGAGCCAGGACUAACGGAUGUCAAGAUUUCCUCACAAAGAGAAUCUAUAGAAACACUUAUUAGUGGAUUGAAAAAUAUUCCAAUUUCAAGUAUAACAUGUAAAGAAAUCGAUCAUCUUGUGGAUUUCCUGUCAGAUCGUUUAGCUAUUGCCGAUCCGAAUAUCACAAACCUGAUUCUUGAUGGAUUUAUUUGGUUGACAAAAUCAGUUGGGUCUAAUGGUUGCAGUAUGAUUAGUGCAGAACAAGCUGAACGAAUAGUUCAACAUGGAAUAUUUGGUCAUUUGUCGAUACAGAGUUUGACAAAAUCUGGAAGGUUGAAGGUCUUUCAGUUGUUGCAUUGCUUUUUAACAGGAUCUCAAUUAGUUGGUAUUCAGUCAAUGAAAUCCACUUUUGUUCGUAAUUACUUAGUAGCUAUUGAUGGGGAAAAAGAUCCACAAAUUUUACAAUUAAUUUUUCAUAUGAAUGUGUUGGUCAUUAACAAUUUUCCUUCAGUGGAUGAAUUUAAAGAUGAAAUUUUUGAAACAACUUCUAUUUACUUCCCAAUCGACUUUUCACCACCUCCUGGAGGUGGUGUGGCUGGGAUUACUCGUGAUAUGCUGGUUUCUGGUUUACAUCAGUGUCUAUUUGCUAUGCGAAAUAUGACUGGUCAUAAUCUGAUGCCACUUAUCUGUGAAAAAAUUGAGUCAGAUUGGUCUGAUGGUCAGUUGGACGCUCUACGCUUACUGACAGAUUGCUUGCACGGACGUCUCUUACAUGUGACUAAUCAUGAUAAUAACCAUAUGUUAUCAGACGGGAAUCCAAUCGAUAUACGACAUAUUUCUCCUUAUCUUGCUGUAAUUAUUCCUGCGUUGAUUACAAUUGCGAAUAAAAUGGGAAAAAGAAGAAAUAAAACUGACCUGUACCCCUUGGUUUUAUCGUGCAUCUCUGGUUUAGUUUAUGCUUAUUCUAAACAGACUAGUGAAAAAUUCCAACUGGAGGAUUUUGCUCUGAUUUUGUUACGAAGUUUUGGAUUGUCGUUUACGGAUACAAAUAAUUGCCAAUCACCAGUACUAAUUCCUUCAAGUACUAUUGUUGCUUAUAUAACUGAAAGCUUCAAAUCUGCUCAGAAUAAUAUUCUGCUGUCUUCUAUUUUGUUCAGUUACAUCAUUCCUCGUGUUUGUGUACCACUUCUAUCAGAUUCUUGUUUGAUUUCUCAACAUCUAGUCCCCAAAGAAGAUAUAAAAGAUCAUCUUGAAGAACUACUCAAUUGGCAGCCGUGUAUUUCUUUACUGAACAAGAUUUUUCUUUGUGUGACCGAAGAUCAUUUAAUUAGUGCUCUUCAUUAUGACAAACAUAUUAUGAAAACAUUGAAGGUUGUUAAACAAAAUGCAUCUACAAUUAUACCACAAUUACGGGAAUAUAUAAUGACUACUCCAAGUCUAUCAGAAAUAUUUAGCGAAAGAAUAUUGCAUUUUUCAAUAUGCAUUUGUCGCCUAUCAUAUUCAAUCAUAAAAUAUUCUGCAAUGACGCCUUGUAUUCCUGCUACAAAUAAUUCAUUCGAUUCUUCUUCUUCACCACGGAUCUUAUCAUCUUCUAGCGAAAUUGAUUCGAUUUUCAAUAUGGUUUGCACAACGAUUCAAUGGGUGAAUCAAAGUUCCUCAAUGUAUAAUAAUACCUUAUUAGCUGAUGAAUCUUCAGUGUCUGUAAGAGACGAAUUACUUUCAUUUAUUCCUGUUAUGUAUAGUUCCUGUGAUUUAUUUGUUAAUAAACUGGACGAUUUUCUUUUUGAUUGUCUCAAAAAUUGUCAAGUUAAACAACUUACGCCAAAUAGUAGUGAUAAUUUUGCAAUGGAAGUUCUGAAAUAUUGUUCAUUCAGAAGUAUUCUUUUGUUAAAGAAAGUCAUUGAGUUUAUCCUUGAAAAGUAUAAUGUUGGUGAUAAUGAUAAAGAUAUUGGCAUAUCAAUGGAUUCUGAUAACUUAGCCAAUGUUAGUCAAUAUUAUUGGGUUAAUACUUUCACAUCAUUACUUUGCUUCAUAUGUGAAAAAUUGACUCAAGAUAUACUUGACUAUAAAGAAAGGUUAACAGUUGUAUCUUACCUGUUUAAUCUGUGUCAAGAUGUGAAACAAUUUGCUAAAUUUUCAAGUCAUUGUUACGACGACAACUUACAAGAUUCAUUAUGGGUGGAUAAAAUCAAUAAGUUGCAUUUCAUCCUUCGGAUUAUCACAAGUCAAUCCAAUUCAUCUGAACAAUUACUACUUUUUCAUAUGUAUAAAGACUACUUUGAUAAAGAUAAUAGAAAUGAUACCUACCAUGUAAAUAUGGGUUUGUUUACAGUAAUAUGUGGAAUUAUUUGUGGACUAAAACCAGAUGUCAUAAAAUCUGAAAAUCCUGUCCACUUACUGACUUUUAUCAUGAAUUAUGUACAAAAGAAUCUUUUCUAUCCUCCUCAUCUUUAUUUUGUUGUUCGAAUUCACUUUUAUCAAUAUUUGCACAAACAUAUGCUUCUGUGUUGA